AUGUCUGCCUCCCCCUCCCGCGCCGCCAUUGACCCUCAAGUCAUUGCCGCCGGCUCCCCGGCAGCAGCCGCUACCAAGCCUGCUUCCAAGGCGAAACCUGCCUCCAAGUCAAAGGCGCCAUCGUCCAGGAUCAAGUCUGCCGCGGCCGCCCCUAAGAAGCCCGUCUCGGCUACCAAGAAGCCUACCUCCACCACCACCAAGAAAGCCACAGCUCCUAAGAAGGCAUCCCCACCCAAGGCCGCACCCACCGAAAUCAAAUUUACCAUGGAGGACAUGAUCAAGGAUGCGAUCAAGAACGACAAGGAAAACGUUCGGGGUGGCGUCAGUCGACCAGCCAUCAAGAAAUAUCUUGCUUUCCGCUUCAAGGUUCUUGACACCCCGGCCAACAUUGCUCGUCUGAACAAAGCUAUCGCCCGAGGGGCCGAGAAAGGUGUCUUCGCUCUGCCCAAGGGCGCCAGCGGCAAGGUCAAACUAGCCAAACCCGUCAAACCCGUCUCGGAAGUCAAAGAGCCCAAACCAGCCCCCAAAGCCGCCAAGCCUGCCAGCAAGCCCGUCGCUAAGAAGCCCGCCGCCGAGAAAGUAAAGGCCCCAGCCGCUGCCAAGAAGGUAACCAAGAAGGUCCCCACCGCCCCCACAAAGAAAGUCGCCGCCGCCAAGGCAUCUACUGGCAAGAAGACAAGCUCUACGACAAAGAAAGUCAAAGCAGCAGCGAAGAAAUCGUGA